AUGGGAGGGACGUCGCAGCACGGCCCCGAGGACUGCCGCUUUCUGGAUGCGGAAGCAUCCAAGACCCGAAAGAAGACCCGCACCAGGUACAAGGUCUGCGGGCUGCUCUUCAGCGUGCUGCUCAUUGCUCUCAUCCUCGUACUCUUUGGUGUCAAACACCUGUGGAGCCCAGCAUCCAGACAAGUCUAUGACAUGGAGCACACCUUCUUCAGCCACGGCGAGAAGAAGAAAAUUGUGAUGGAGAUCGACCCGCUGACCAGGACGGAGACCUUCAGGAGUGGGAAUGGCACUGAGGAGAUCCUGGAGAUCCACGACUUCAAGAACGGAAUAACUGGCAUCUUCUUUGUGGGACUUCAAAAGUGCUUCAUCAAAACUCAGACCAAAGUCAUACCUGAGACUACGGAGGCCAAGAUCCCUGAGCUGGAGGGUGAAGAAAUCACCACCACCUACUUUGAGCAGUCCAUGGUCUGGGUGCCUGGUGAAAAACCCAUUCAGAACAAGGAAUUCCUGAAGAGCUCCAAAAUUUUUAACAUUUGUAGAAAUGUGACCAUCUACUGGAUCCACCCAACGCCAAUAGCAGCUCCAGAGCUGGCUGGCCUGGCAAGAACAGAAGAAGAUACCGGGCUGUUCACGGAUGACCAGAACUGGCUGGAUGGGGGCAAUGAGCGUGGGAUGGAGGCUGCCCUACCAGGACCCAAGCGCCGGACACGGCAGCUGACAGAAGAGGACCUGCCUGUCAACGACUACACAGAAAAUGGGCUGGAGUUCCACCCGCUGUGGGAUGAGCGGGGCUACUGCUGUGCACAGUGCCGCCGCGCCAACCGCUACUGCCGGCGGGUCUGCGAGCCGCUGCUGGGCUACUACCCCUACCCGUACUGCUACCAGGGCGGCAGGGUGAUCUGCCGUAUCAUCAUGCCCUGCAACUGGUGGAUCGCACGCAUGCUGGGCCGGGUGUAAGCCCACUGAGCCCCCAGGUAGAGCCCUGCAGGCCGUGGGACCCCCAAACAGGCUGCAGACUCCGAGCGUGGC